AUGUUCUACAGCGACGUCAUCCUCGCCAAGCGCGGGCCUCUUGCCCGUGUUUGGCUCGCCGCGCACUGGGAGCGCAAACUCAGCAAGACGCAGUUCCUGCAGACGAGCAUCGAAAAGAGUGUCAGCGCCAUCAUGGGCCAAGAAGUCGUCCCUAUGGCACUCCGCCUCUCUGGUCAGCUCCUGCUCGGUGUCGUGCGCAUCUACUCGCGCAAGGCCAAGUAUCUGCUCGAGGACUGCAAUGAAGCGCUGCUCAAGAUCAAGAUGGCGUUCCGCUCCGGCGCCGUCGACAUGACCAGCGACCAGCUCAGCGUCUCGCGAAACGCCAUCACACUGCCCGACAUCCGCACCGAUCUCGACAUCUUGCUACCGGACCAGGCUAUGAACGACUUUGAUGUCGAUUUCGAGAGACUCGCCGCCAAGAAGGCCAAGAAGCUUGCCGACAACCCCACCGCUUACACCGCUCGCGCUGCCGAUAUUACACUCCCAACUGUAGACUACAGCGCGUUUGACGACACAUUCGACAUCUCGUCCGGCAUUGACGGCAUUGCAUCGCAGGACUUUGACCCGGACGGUGGUCUCGAUCUCGGUCUCGAGGACGAUCUGCCCGAGGUCGAGGGUCGUCGCAACGAGGCUGGCCAGCUUGUCGAUGAGAACGGCGACCCGCUUCCCGAGGACGACUCGCUCAGCAUCGGUGUCGGACGAGACGCACCCAGCGAGGCAGGGCGUCAGUCGGUCGCAUCCAUGCUCAAUCUCGGCAUGGACAACGACAUCACGCUCGGCUCGGCCGGCGGCUCCCAGGCGCCCAGCGUCGGCAUGCCCGACUUUGACCUCGGCGGAGAGGGACUCGACCUGGGUCUCGACAAUGACGGCCUGGAUCUGGGUCUCGACAUGGACGUGGAUCGCGCCGUGACGCCGCCACCCGGCGACAACAGCAUGGCGCUGGCGAUGGCGGACAUGACACCAACAACAGCGGCUCGCAUCCGCGACGCCGCCCAGCAGCGCCAGCAGGACGAGGCGGCCACCAGGCAGGCCAAGGCGCGCAAGCAGAUCGUCGACACGCUCACCGAGCUGCCCGACAGCCAGCUUGGCGGGCUGAGCCAAGGCCUCAGCCAGGGCGGCGCGAGCCAGGCGGCCAACGUUGCAGACCUGCUCACCGAGGAGCGCUAUCUGCCGCGCUCGCGCGCCUACCUCCAGCUCCUCACCAUCCGUGAAGACCCGUUCGCGCACUUUAUGCCGUUUGCGGACCCGGCGAACAAGGACAAGAGCUCGCUCGUCAUCGGCCCCUCGGGACUGGCGUCGGAGCUGAGCGAGCUGUUCACGUUUGACCUGUCUGCGAUGCGACGCCGUCGGGCGGCCGCGGUUGCGGAGGACGACGCCCCGAACAAGCGCGCCCGCCUGGGCGACGACGACGACAUGGGCGUUGCACGCCGCGCAGAGCACGGUCGCGACUCGGUCGGGCUUGGCCCCAUGGAUGACGAGGCUGGCUUCGACUUUAGCAUGGGUGGCGACGGUGGAUUCGAUGUGCCGGGCAUGGACGUGUCGAUGGGCGACGACGGCCUGCGCCGGUCGUCGCGCAAGUCGCGAGCGGAACUCGAGGCCGAGGCAGGCGACGAGACGGGCCGUCUCCCCGCGCUCUCUCGCCUCUCCACGCCGGAGAUCGACGAUGGUGCGCUCGACUCGGCGGCGGUGAGCUCGUCAAACCCGCUGGCGCUGUUCGAUGUGCGUCCGGCGGACGACACGCAGGCGGCGGAGCAGAUCGCCGAGGUGCUCCGCGCGUCCGAGGACGCCGAGUCCACCAAAGGCUGGGCCAAGAGCACGGUACGCGCCUUCCGCGUCGUCCGUUCCCAGCUCUCUGAGCCUACCGCCGCAGAAGACGAGCAGGAGGAGUCGCGCUUCGUCGAGGUGGACGACGAGACCCACACCAAGCAGCUCUCGUUCCAAAAGAUCGCCACCAACGCCUCGCGCCGUGCGGCCGCCGGCUUCUUCUUCGAGAUGCUCGUGCUCGGCACAAAAGACUGCGUGCGCCUCAACCAGGACGAGCCGUACGGCGACAUCAAGGUCGCCGCCAAGCCCAAGCUGUGGGACGCGUCCGAGGCUGCUUCGGUGCCAGCGACUGCGACGGCCGUUGCAGCUUGA